UGUGUACGGAAGCAGCGUGCUCCAGGAGGUAUGAGUCGAAACAUGUCUCUGAGCUUUUAUAGAUUUUUGUAAUUUCAAAAUAAGCCAUGCUUUAAUAAAUACAUUGUGAGAGAAGUAUUGUUUUUUACUGUAACAGCGAUAUCACCUGGAGCUUGUUUACAAAUAUAUCCGUGUGGGUAUUCAGUGGUUAAGAUGGAGAUAAGCUCCACAGACGCUGCAGAAAAGAGCCAGCCGGUUUUGCCUUGUAAGGACAACAGCGAUGGAGAUGCAGCCCUUAACUCCAGAGAAGGAAGCUGCGGUGCUACUGCAGGCCGAGCCAGAUGGUCUCUGCUGAGACAGGUUUUGUGUCAGAAGCAGACAGACAGUCCAGAAGUCAAGCAGGUGUCUGUUCGCAGGUUUGCCACCUUUGACCUUUUCAGAAGGAAAAAACUCUCAGCACAAGAACACUGUGUUACCUCAGACGACCAGUGGGUGGAGUACAGAAGUGUAUACUAUCCUGAGUACAGUGCCUUCCUCAGGGAUAACCUGGGACCCCUCAAAGUUAAUGAAGUGCUCAAUAGUUUUGACAACACCGGCAAUGUCUGUGUGUGGCCGUCUGAGGAGGUGAUGGCACAUUACUGUCUGCAGAAACGGCACAUUUUCAAGGGUGCAGUGUGCGAGUUAGGAGGAGGGAUGACUUGUCUUGGUGGCCUAAUGGUUGCCAUUUCUGCUGACGUGAAGGAAGUUCUGCUAUCAGAUGGGAAUGAGAAGUCCAUUCAGAAUGUACAGGGAGUGAUAGAGAGAAACAAACAAGCUGGAAAAUUUGGGUCAACGCUUGUUUCUACAAGGGUGGUUAGAUGGGACUCUGAGGUGGACAUUUCAGAGCUGGAAGGUCACUUUGAUACCAUCAUGUGUGCAGACUGUUUGUUUCUCGACCAGUACAGAGCCUGCCUGGUUGAUGCCAUAAGGAGAUUACUGCGACCCGACGGCAUGGCGUUGGUGUUUGCUCCUGAAAGAGGAGAAACUCUUAGACUGUUUUGUCAGAUUGCUCAGCAGGCCGAACUGUGCGUCUCUCAACACCAGCAGUACGAUGCUCAGGUCUGGGGUGUUCACUUAAAGAUGCUGAGUGAAGGAAAACAAGCAUACGAUGAGAACAUCCACUAUCCUCUCCUCGUCACCCUGACCAAAGGACCUCAACCUGUCAAUCAAGCUCACUAAAAUAAAAUUAGCUUUUUGUUCUACAUAAUAAUCCAUUUUUAACAUUUAUUUAAUAUUGUCCAGUAUUAUUUAACAUUUUAAACAGCUCCUUCCAGUUCAGAAGGCAGUAACUCAGUUACUCAGCUUGGUAACCAGUUACU